AAGUGCAGACAAAGACAAUAGAGUUGAAAUGAUUGGAAUUUAUCUACUGAUCGGUGUAGUAACAUUGAUAUAUGUCUACCUCAAGUGGACAUUUAGCUACUGGGAUCGAAAGGGUUUCCCCUCCACGGGAGUGAGCAUCCCAUUCGGGGCUAUGGAGUCCGUUGCGAAGGGAAAACGAUCCUUCGGAUUGGCCGUCUACGAUAUGUACCGAUCGACAAAGGAACCGGUGGUUGGAUUGUACCUUACUUUGAGACCAGCCCUUCUGAUUAGGGAUGCUCAACUAUCUCGCGAUAUGGUGACCAAGGACUUUGCCAGUUUUCAUGAUCGCGGAGUUUAUGUCGAUGAGGAAAACGACCCCAUGUCAGCGGGUUUGUUUCAAUUGGAAGGAGCUAGUUGGAGAGCUUUACGUACCAAACUGACGCCUUCUUUUACGUCGGGUAAACUAAAGGCCAUGUUUGAAACCUCCGAUUCCAUUGGAGAUAAGUUAGUAGCCAAUAUUAAGGCUCAACUGCCCCAGGGAGGCAACAAGGAAUUCGACAUCAAGAAACUAAUGUCAACCUAUGCCAUCGAUAUUAUUGGCACCACUAUUUUUGGACUCAAUGUUGAUAGCUUCGCCGAACCUAACAAUGAGUUCCUGGCUAUUAGCAAGAAGCUCAACCGUAAGAACUUUACCGAUAUUCUUCGUACAGCAGCUCUAUUUCUUUACCCUGGAUUGGAGAAGUUCUUUGUGAGAAUUGGCUGGAAGCUGGAAUCAGCGGAACUGAUGCGCGAACUAGCUCAUCGAACUGUCGAUCUUAGGGAAAAAAACAAUAUAGUUCGCAAGGACCUGCUGCAGCUACUUUUGCAACUUCGCAAUCAGGGAAAGAUCAACACUGAUGACACUAAUUGGUCAGCGGAGAGUACCAAAAAUGGAGUGAAAUCGAUGUCAAAGGAUGUGAUUGCCGGUCAGCUGUUCCUAUUCUAUGCAGCUGGAUUUGAGACGACAGCGGCUACAGCAUCCUUCACUCUGUACGAGCUCUCUCAAAAUCCAGAGGUCAUGGAAAAGGCGAAGGAGGAUGUACGUAGAGCUAUCGAAAAUCAAGGCGGAAAGCUGACCUAUGAUGCUAUAUCGGAUAUGAAGUAUCUAGAGGCCUGUAUCUUAGAGACCACUCGAAAAUACCCCGCACUCCCAUUCCUGAACAGAGUUUGCACUCAGGAUUAUCCAGUGCCCGAUAGCAAACUAGUAAUCAAGAAAGGCACUCCUGUUAUAAUCUCUCUAUUAGGAAUGCACCUAGAUCCCGAGUACUUCCCCGAUCCGCUUAAUUAUCUACCAGAACGCUAUCUGGAGGAGAACAAGGACUUUAACCAAGCGGCCUAUAUGCCUUUUGGAGAGGGACCCAGAAUGUGCAUCGGCGCCCGGGUUUAUACACAUGGUUUUGGAUCUAAAGUAGAAACUUGGUUUAUUAUCAGUUAACAGAAAUUUUGACUUAACUAUCAUUAGCAAAUCUACCAGGAAUUAAUGUAUUUUUUGAAGAUGUAUCAUACGGAUUGACGCUUAUGGUUUAUGAGCCGCUACUUAUGACCAUACUUAGGUUAAGAAAAGGCACAAACAACGAACGAAUUUUUCUGGUUAAAUACUUUUUAAUUGCAUCAAUUUCUGUCUAAUUUGUAAGCUAUGUGUAGAUAGAUGAUCAAAUUUCUUCAAUUUUUGUUGUCUGUAUACACAAUCAAUAAUGGUUUUCUACAAACUGCGUUCUAUAAGUAAAUGACAUAAGCGUCAAUAGAGAUUCCAAAGACUUAAGUCACACACGUCUAUGCAUGUAAAAUGAGUUUAUAAAACAAAUAAAUUUGUUUGCUCAUCCGUGUUAAAUAAAGAGGUGCAAUAAAGGCGGACAUUUAGAAAUUUUGUUCACAAAGUUUCAACUAAUUAACAAGUGUAUAGUUCCUUUGUUAAACUAUUUCAUCAAGUUCGGUAAUAUAAAAUAAUCUGAAAGUCAAUCCAACUAAUCUCUUCGAUUUCUACAACAAUG